GUUCUUCUUCUUCUUCGCGGUCGCGGAAAAGUCCCUAAAUUCUCUAGAUUCUCUCUUUAGAAUUUGUUAAUUUCGUUCUGUAAAAAGCGUUUUUUUAAACUAGAAAAUUUAGUUUGCUCACCAGGAUGUCUCUCUCAAGCUUAUUGCCGGCACCCACCAUGCCGGUAAAGGAUAGAGAGAUAAAUAGCACACCAGUCUCAUCUGCCCUGGUUAUUGCAACACCAACAGCCCCACCAUAUGGCCAAAGAAGAGGAUGGAUACCCAGAUCUCAGGAGGAUUUUGGUGAUGGAGGUGCCUUUCCAGAAAUUCCAAUCGCUCAAUAUCCACUGAACAUGGGCAAAGAGAGCAAAGAAAGCUCAUCAAACGCCUUAGCAAUUCAGCUUGACGCGGAAGGCAAAGUAAAAUAUGACGUCAUAGCACGCCAAGGACAUGGAAAGGAUAAAAUUGUGUAUUCAAAACUGCAAGACUUGCUCCCAUCCGAGGUACUCUCAGAGGAUGACCCCAGUUUGCAGAGACCAGAUGCUGAGGAAAUAGCUGAAACAACAGAGAAAACAAGACUGGCCUUGGAAAAAUUAUCGAGCACUAAGAUUGCUGCAGCUAUGCCUGUUCGAUGUGCUGAUAAAGCGGCUCCUGCUCAAUUUAUUCGUUACACACCAUCACAGCAAGGCGCAGCUUUCAACUCAGGUGCUAAACAAAGAGUCAUCAGAAUGGUAGAAGCUCAAAAGGAUCCAAUCGAGCCUCCUAAAUUUAAAAUUAACAAAAAAAUUCCGAGAGGUCCACCUUCACCCCCUGCACCCGUCAUGCACUCUCCUACAAGAAAGGUAACAGUGAAAGAACAAAAAGAGUGGAAAAUUCCUCCAUGUAUCUCCAACUGGAAAAACGCAAAGGGUUACACGAUACCAUUAGACAAAAGAUUGGCAGCAGAUGGGCGAGGACUACAGCAAGUUCACAUAAACGAAAAUUUUGCCAAACUUGCCGAAGCCCUGUGUAUAGCUGACAGGAAAGCAAGAGAAGCUGUCGAAGCUCGUGCUCAGUUAGAGAAGAAAUUGGCACAGAAAGAGAAAGAGAAGAAAGAAGAACACUUGCGAUUACUUGCUCAGAAAGCCCGUGAUGAGCGUGCCGGAAUCAAAAGUCAAGCAGCAGCAGAUAAAGAUGAGGAGGCAAGAGAGAGAGAUGCUCUCAGGUACGAAAGACACAAGGACCGAGCUAGGGAACGUAAUCUUGCACGUGCAGCUCCGGACAAGAGGAACAAGGCACAACGUGAACGUGAGCGUGACAUUAGUGAACAAAUUGCUCUCGGGCUUCCAGCCAAGUCAGUCGGUGGCGAUGAUGUUCAGUUUGAUCACCGACUGUUCAACUCAACCAAGGGAAUGGACUCCGGUUACGGGGACGAUGAAGCAUAUAACGUGUAUGACAAACCGUGGCGUGACGGCAAUUCGCUCAGUCAACAUCUGUAUCGUCCAUCUCGUAAUAUAGACAAAGACGUUUAUGGAGAUGACCUGGACAAACUUAUCAAAACCAACAGAUUUGUUCCGGACAAAGAAUUUAGUGGAACUGAUAGAGGUGCUGGAGCGAGCCGCAGUGGCCCUGUUCAGUUUGAGAAACAUGAGGAGGAAGAAGAUCCCUUCAACCUCGGUCAGUUCUUGACGCAAGCCAAACGUGCCUCCAAAAGACCACAGCAUGACAGUCGCAGGGACGAAAAAACAGAGAAGAGGAAACGAAGGGAUUAAGCAAUCCUCUCCUGAAAUUAUGGAACCUUUCACCCUUGCGGUGAUUCAAACUUGUUACUUUUACUAACCUGUAAGCUUUUUUUGGACCUUCAGCACUGUUUGAUUGUUGUAAAGUUUAUUGAGGCGGAAAGCAACAGAGUAGAAAAUUCCUCAGUGGUAGAUCCAUUGUAUAUUUACUAUCGUCUACCCCUUGUUCUUCCUACUAAUCAUCAGAAGUGACAAAUAUUAAUAACCUUAAGAGCCAUAUUUCUGAAACGUUUUUCAUUUGAAGAACCAAAGUAAUUUUGUAAAACGCAGUGAUACAAAAUCUCGAGGAAUUUUUACUUUUAUUUUUAUUUAUUGAAAAAUUAACUUAGGGACUUAUUCUAAGGAUGCAGAAGUGUGCAAUCCAUUUGACAAAAAUAAAAGAUUCUUAGGUAAAGCUGCGAUUAUAAUGUGCUUAAUCGCAGGAAUUGAAGGCGUCCUGUUUUUUUAUGAGGAAAACGGUGCACACAAAAUCUUAAUUGACAUUCCAUAGUAUCUCAGCUCAGAAACCCAAAUCAGAGAAACUUGUUUUUUUUGUUUGUUUUCUUUCAUUUUAUUUUAUAGCACAUGGUAAUAAUUGCAAAAGAGGUUUUAAGAACAACCCUUUUUUUGUAAGCAAUCAUCACUGCUUUAUAAAUUGUCAUAUGUAAAUGAAGACUUCUCACCUUAGGGGUACAUUCUCAAGUAUGUAUUCGCAGGUCUUUUUGAAUGUACCUUAAGCAUUUAGUAAAUGGAGUAUGAAAAUUCAUCUCCUGUCAAGAUGAAAUGUGUUUUUCAUCACUAAUGGAUAUCAAAUCCCUUUUCAUUGUUGACUAAAAUUCGAAUGUAUCAAUUUUCUUUCAAAUAUAUUAGGGCUGGGCGAUUAUGGUUUUUUGGCCUCGAAGUUCGAGUUCAAAUCGAAUAUAAAAAAAAUAUUUGAGAUUUUCGAAUAUUCGCCCAGCCCUAAAACAUAUCGAACACAGAGUUGAACUGCAUCAUCCGCACGCAUUUAAUGAGAACAAUGGAUUAAGAAUCAGAUUAUUGCUAUAGAUAUCUGACUUUAGAACCUGUAAAAGUCUUGUGUAAAGUUUGUACUUUUAUUUCAGUUUAUUUGUCCUCUGUUAUGUAAAUUUGUUUAAAAUUAAUUUUUUUCGCAAGUAUAGAUCUCUAGUACUUGA